AUGGACAAAUCAGCAGUCUUCUUUAGCAAGAACAUGAGCCAAACAGUGAGGGAAGAAAUCUGUCAGGUCAUGGGAUCAAUGCAGCAAGUUAGCCAGGGUAAAUACCUAGGUCUGCCUAUGAUCAUAACCAGAUCAAAAGAGCAAGUGUUUGGAUUUAUCAGGAAUUCUAUUGACAAGAAACUGCAAGGACUGAACUCCAAGCUAUGUAGAGAGAUUAGUUCCAAAAUGGUUAAUUAUUGGUGGGGGGAAGCAGAGGGAAAGGAAAAGAUGCACUGCAUUGGGUGGAAGAAGAUGACAAAGGAUAAAGAGGCUGGGGGAUUGGGAUUCAAAGACCUGCAAAUGUUCAAUAAAGCCUUAUUGGCAAAACAAGUUUGGAAGCUGAUUACCCAACCAAACUUGCUUGUCAGUAAGGUGUUGAAGGAGAAAUACUAUCCCAAGCAGUCUCUUUUCAAUUGUAAGGUCCCCAAUAAUGCCUCUUGGAUCUGGAAAAGUAUUUCACCUGUAAGAAUGGAAGUACUAGAAGGAAUAAGGAGAAGGAUUGGUAAUGGCAGAGGAACAAGAAUCUGGGAAGAUAUUUGGAUCCCAAACAGGCCAGAUGAAAAACCAACAACUGCUAAGCCACAAGAAUGCCAACUGAAACAGGUCUCAGAAUUGAUCACAAAUAGCAGGUGGAAUAGAGUUCUCAUCUUUAAGACAUUCUGCCUUCAAGAUGCUGAAAGUAUUAUGAGCAUACCAAUAAGUGUGACAGGAAGAAAAGAUAGCUACUACUGGAUACAUGCUCAGAAUGGUUAG